AUGCAGCUUAGAGCUCAGUUUGCCCCGGCAGCACGCCUCGCCAGACCUAGCCCGCGGCAAGCAAGCAGGGUGCCGCGGUCGCUGGUCGUGAGGGCAAGCAGCAGGGAGGUCGACGCGGAGUACAUUGAGGUCAAGGUGGACAGCGUGCGCGUGUCGCAGGGCAGCGCGGUUGUUUACCUGCGGGUGCUCGACACCACGGGCUACGUCAUCCCUGUUCACAUUGGGGAAGCCGAGUCCAACGCGCUCCUCAAGGAGAUCAACAAGCAGCGCCAGUCGCGGCCCCUGACACACGACAUGGCCAAGAACAUGCUGCAGGCGAUCGGGUUCCGGGUGACCAAGAUCCGCGUGACCGACAUCAUCGCCAACACGUACUACGCACGCAUCCACCUCGCGCGCCCCGCCUCGGACUCCUCAAACCCGGCAGAGGCCGCCGAGGUCGACGUGGACGCGCGGCCCUCUGACGCGAUCAACCUGGCCGUUCGCUUCGGCGCCCCCAUGUACGUGGCCAAGAAGAUCGUCGAGGCGGCCGCCACACCCCCGCUGGAGCCGUUUGGGCUGUCGCAGCUGCUGGCGUGGCAGCAGCAGCAGCGGCAGCAGCAGCAGCAGCGGCAGCAGCAGCGGCAGCAGCAGCAGCAGCAGCAGCAGCAGCUGCCGCGGCGGCAGCAGGACCCGGCCGCGACGAGCUACCAGCCCACGGAGAGCAACGCGGAGAUUGUCAGGAGCGUGCGCGACGCGCUGUCAUCCUACGACGACCCCACGGUGAUGUUUCAGCUCCAAAAGGAGCUCGCGAUAAAGGAGGAGCGCUUUGAGGACGCCAGGUCCUUCCACGACCACAUCGUCCACGAGAUGACCCACAACCGCCUGCUGCGCAUGGUGGUCGCCAUGGAGACCGCAUUGGCCGACGGGCGGUACGAGGAGGCCGCCAAGCUGCGGGACGAGUACCGCCGCGCCGUCACCGAGGCCGCGCUGCAGACGCAGAGCCAGAAGAACGCAGACACCCGGUGA